UGGAGGCAGCUGUCUCGAGGAUGGGGAGCGUUAAGCCACGUGUCAUGCCCUGCACUGCCCAGACUAGUGAACAAUACAGUCAGGAUGGCUAGAGGUGACCCCAAGAAACCAAAGGGCAAGGUGUCUGCUUAUGCCUUCUUUGUGCAGACGUGCAGAGAAGAACAUAAGAAGAAAAACCCAGAGGUCCCUGUCAGUUUUGCAGAAUUUUCCAAGAAAUGCUCUGAGAGGUGGAAGACAAUGUCCAGGAAAGAGAAAUCUACAUUUGAUGAAAUGACAAAGGUGGAUAAAGUGCGCUAUGAUCAGGAAAUGAAGGGAGCAGCUAAGGGAGGCAAGAAGAAGGAUCCUGAUGCCCCCAAAAGGCCACCAUCUGGAUUCUUCCUGUUCUGUUCAGAAUUUCGCCCCAAGAUCAAAUCCACAAACCCUGGCAUCUCUAUUGGAGACGUGGCAAAAAGGCUGGGUGAGAGGAGGAAUAACCUAAGUGACAGCGGAAAGCAGCCUUCCAUCACUAAGGCGGCAAAGCUGAAGGAGAGGAAUGAGGAGGAUGGUGCUGAAUAUAAGUCGAAAGGAAAGUUUGAUGGUGCAAAGGGUCCUGCUGAAGUUGCCUGGAAAAAGGUGGAAGAGGAAGAUGAAGAAGAUGAGGAGGAAGAAAAG